UAUAAACUUUAAAUUCGAAUCUAACUGUAACGGAGAUAUCCUAAACAUUCCAAAAAGUGAAUAGCAGAAAGUCUGAAAUUUAGGUGGAUUUGCACAUAAACCGUGCAAAAUGAGUAUGCAACUCAAACAUAUGCGUACUAUGCUGCCCCCACAGGAUGGGGCAGCAAAGAUUUGUGCCAUGGCAUGGUCAGCAAACAAUAUGAAGUUUGCUGUCUGUACUUCUGAUAGAGUAAUUCUGCUGUUUGAUGAACAAGGUGAAAAAAGAGAUAAAUUUUCUCUUAAACCAGCUGAUGCGAAGUAUGGAAAGAGAAGCUACACAGUGAAAGGAAUAGCAUUUUCUGGUUGCUCUACUAAACUUGCUAUAGGACAGACAGAUAAUAUUGUAUAUGUUUACAAGAUAGGGGAAGACUGGGGAGAGAAAAAGGUGAUAUGUAACAAGUUUAUCCAGCAGAGUGCUGUAACUUGUCUUAUCUGGCCACCAGAUCAACCAAUAGUGUUUGGACUUGCAGACGGAAAGGUACGAGCUGCUAAUGUCAAGACAAACAAGUCUUCAACAAUAUAUGGAACAGAUUCCUAUGUUGUUUCACUGGCUGCCAAUCCAACAGGGAAAGGAUUUCUAUCAGGCCAUGCUGAUGGUUCUAUUGUUAGAUUCUUCUUUGAUGAUGAGGGAACUGGGGAUCAACAGGGUAAAAUCAGUACUCAUCCCUGCCCACCAUACGCUCUCGCCUACUCCCAGAAUGCAAUAGUAGCAGCUGGAUGUGAUAAACGUAUUAUUGCCUAUGGACGUGAAGGACGAAGCUUUCAACAUUUUGAUUACAGUAGAGAUGAUGAUGAACAUGAAUUUACUGUAGCUGUUUGUAGCCCUAGUGGACAGUCUAUUGUUGUAGGCAGUUACGACAGAUUGCGAGUUCUAAACUGGAGUCCAAGGCGUCAGAUGUGGGAUGAACCAAAGUGUAAGGAUAUCAGAAACUUGUACACAAUUACAGCACUGGCCUGGAAAAAAGAUGGAGCUAGAGUCACUGCAGGUACUCUAUGUGGUGGGGUUGAGUUAUUUGAUUGCUGUCUCAAGAGAACAAUCUACAAGAACAAGUUCGAGAUGACACACGUUGGUCCUAACCAAGUUAUCGUGAAGAACAUGUCCAAUAAUACACGGGUCGUUCUCAAAUCUCACUACGGUUACGAGAUUGAUGAAGUGAGGAUUAUGGGUAAAGAUCGUUACCUCGUCUCACAUACCUCUAAUACACUGCUACGUGAUCUGCAGUCAAAUAAACUUAGUGAGGUACCAUGGCAAGGUUCUGGUGGAAAUGAAAAAUACUACUUUGACAAUGAAAGU